CAACUCGGUACAGUGCCAGUGUUGACAGUAACAAGAAGAAUAGCCUGCUGAAUAUCAUGUCUCAUACCACAUUUCCCUCCGACAUUCCAGUCCCCACCGACGAUGGAGCUUGCGACCAUCUCAAAGGCAUGAAGAUGCCACCAUUAUCCCUUCCAGCUACGAACGACUCGCUGGUCAAGAUAUCCUCACUCCAGGGACUUGUAGUCAUCUUUUGCUAUCCUCGGACCGGCGCUCCAAACGAAACAAUUCCAGAUUCUUGGAACUCAAUCCCCGGAGCUAGAGGAUGCACUCCGCAAGCAUGUUCAUUCCGGGACUUAUCCAGACAGUUCCUGACCGCAGGAGUCAAUAAAAUCUUCGGUCUCAGCACUCAAGAUACUUCUUAUCAGCAAGAAGUCAAGACGAGACUGAAUCUACCGUUUGAGCUGCUCAGCGAUGAGAAGCUGGACUUCGUAGAAGCCCUGAAAUUGCCGACCAUCGAUUGGGAAGGCAAGAGCCUUAUCAAGAGGAUCACGCUUGCAAUUGCUGAUGGGAAGAUUGUGAAGAUUUGGUACCCAGUCUUCCCGCCAGACCAAUCUGCCCAGCAUGUGUUGGACUGGUUGGCGGAAGAACAAACCAAUGAACAGAAAUUUGUUGGAAACAGACGUAUGUCGGUCACAUGAGAUAUCUGUAUGAUUCAAAAUCUCAUAUUCUUAUUCAACACG